UCUCUCAGGAAAAUGGCUUUGUAAAGAAGCUUGAGCCUAAAUCUGGCUGGAUGACUUUUCUAGAAGUUACAGGAAAGAUCUGUGAAAUGCUCUCUUCUGAAGCAAUACUGUUGACCAGAAAGGACACUCCAUAUUGUGAAACCGGCCUAAUUUUUCUGACUCUUAAGAAAACGAUUGCCAACACAUACUUCUACUUUUAAAUAAACAACUUUGAUGAUGUAACUUGACCCUCUAGAGUUACAGAAAUUUUAUCCCUAUUUAAUAAAUAAAUUGUAUGUAAUUUUCCCUA